GUUUAUGAACAAACAUGGCUACCUUCGCCAACCACUCAACAAAUGGGAGCAGCGGGCACAGCUGGCGCUGUCAAUUCAAGGAGGACUUCAAGUACAUCCUGCUUCCUGUCAGCUACACUCUGGUCUUCGUGAUUGGCCUAGCCCUAAAUGUCACAGCCAUGUACGUGAUCCUGUUCCGAACGAAACGCUGGAAGCCCUCCACGGUGUACAUGUUCAACCUGACAGUGUGCGACACCCUCUACAUCCUCACCCUACCCUUCCUAAUCUACUACUACGCCGACAAGAACGACUGGCCCUUCAGCGAGCCGUUCUGCAAACUCAUCCGCUUCCUGUUCUACGCUAACCUUUACGGUUCCAUCCUUUUCCUGUGCUGCAUCAGCCUGCACCGCUUCCUGGGCGUGUGCUAUCCGAUGAGGUCCCUGAGCUGGGUCAGCGCCAGGAGAGCCCGGCUGGUAUCUGUGGCGGUGUGGGCGUGUGUGUUGAUGUGCCAGGCUCCCGUGCUCUACUUCUCACGCACCAGGGACGAGGGGACGGAGAGGGUGUGUUUCGACACGUCCAGUCCAGAGUUAUUUCAUGACUUCCUGGUGUACAGCUCGGUGGUGUCUGUCCUGAUGUUUGCCUUCCCCUUCAUGGUGGUGAUGGUGUGCUAUGGACUGAUGGUGAGGAAGCUUCUGGAGCCCACCUGGGGGGCAGGAGGGAGCCAGUCGAGGGGAGUCGGGGGGCUCGCUGCGCAUCGCUCCAAACAGAAGUCUGUGAAGAUGAUAAUCAUUGUGUUAGCAGUGUUCAUGCUGUGUUUCCUACCCUUCCACCUGACCAGAAGUCUGUACUACUCCCUCAGAUACCUGGAGCAGAUGGACCCCUCCCAGGUGAGCUGUGAGCUGCUGAAGGUGUCCAGCAUGGCCUAUAAGGUGACACGCCCCCUGGCCAGCGCCAACAGCUGUGUGGAUCCCAUCCUCUACUUCAUGGCUGGACAGGGUUUCCGUAGCAACUUCACUAACAGGAGCAGGGCAUCACCAAUGAAACCAGGAAGCGUGACGGCGGCACUCUCGACGCAGCUCUGACCGACAGGAAGAUCAAUCUAUGUACUGAAUAGCUAUGGAACACAGUGUGUAUUCCAUUGGAAUGGAGAGAACACAGUUGGACAAAGACACUGGGUGGAUGAUUUGACCAUGCUGGUCAUUUAUGAACAUUUGAACAUCUUGGACAUGUUCUGUUAUAAUCUCCACCCGGCACAGCCAGAAGAGGACUGGCCACCCCUCAUAGCCUGGUUACUCUCUAGGUUUCUUCCUAGGUUUUGGCCUUUCUAGGGAGUUUUUCCUAGCCACCGUGCUUCUACACCUGCAUUGCUUGCUGUUUGGGAUUUUAGGCUGGGUUUCUGUACAGCACUUUGAUAUAUCAGCUGAUGUAAGAAGGACUUUAUAAAUACAUUUGAGUUGAUGACUGGCUCCUUUGAACUGAAUAUCAUUAUCCGAUACGGAUCGGAUGACCCAUAGAGAUCCUACUAUUUCUAAUUCUAUGGGAUGACGACUGUUUGAAAGAGAAUGAACGAUGUCAAAGUGGGCAUAUGUUAUUGAAUGUUUUAUCCCUGACUGGUAAAUAAUGGGAGAUUGCACAUACAGUACAAAUACCAGACCUCUUACUUGAAAGUGAGAGGGGUAUACAGUAACUCAUUGAUUGAAAUCUGACUUAGCUAAGGAAGCUAACGGCAGAGAAAAAGUACACUGGUUGAUGCUGACAGUGUAGAGAAAAUAUAUGCUGUUAGAAACAUGAUAGAGAUGUUAGUGAUAUUCUAAUCACUAUUGUAAUCACAAUAAACAGUUAUUAUAUCUUUAGGGGCCACUGAUUGUAGUGUAUCUAACAAACAUAUCUUCAGAAAUGCAUACACCACACACAGACUGUAAGUCAAUCUGAAGAGGACCUCCUCUUGAGAGCUGUCAGAGAUCGAGGUUCAGGUCUAGGCAUGACUUGGACAGGUUCUAGGGUGUGUCUGGAAAAUCAUUCAUUAACAUCCCAAAGACUCACAGAUGGUGCUGGAUAUAAUCCAGACAGAUAGAUUUAUAGAAGCAACACAAGCUCACUGCUGCCACGACUACAAACUACAGUGAAAAGAACU